UGAUCUCCGAGACGUCGACUUUUGAUACGCUGGAUGCAACCUGUCCGUCCGAGAGCUCCCCAAGCUCCCACCUCACAUCACAUCCCCGACUUUCCUUCCACCACAACUCUUCUCUCCGAUCUCCCUGAGACGAACCACAGGACUCAAUCGACAGUACAGAAGAUGGCGAACAGAGGCUACGAUGUCGUCGUCGACGUCGAUCAGGAGGGCGAUCUAGGCCACACCGACCUUCAAGAAGACCUCGAAUUCCACAGCUCAAACUUCGAAACCCCCUCCAACUCCCGCAACAAGAUCCAACCCGACUCCUCCACCGGCUUCCUGCCUGCCCCCAACACCUCCUCCAACUCCAACUCCAACGGCGGCGGCAGCUCGCGCAAGCACUUCCUCUGGUCCCUCUCCUUCUAUGCGCAAGCCUUCGACGUCGACACCAACGAAGUCGUGCGCCGCUGCCUCGCCGCCAUCUACCCGCGCCAGAACUUCCUCGACGUCCUCGAGGGGAACCCAGACCUCUACGGCCCCGUCUGGAUCGCCACGACCGUCGUCGUCAUCCUCUUCCUCACCGGCACAAUCUCCCAGUACCUCGCACACACGGGCCGUGACCACUUCGCAUACGACUUCAAGCUCCUGAGCGGCGGCGCGGGCCUCAUAUACGGGUACACCGGCCUCGUGCCCGUCGUCCUGUGGGCAGCGCUGAAGUGGUUCGGCAGCGAGAGCGCGAAUCUGCUGGAAUGCGCAUGCUUGUACGGCUACGCGAAUCUGAUUUGGAUUCCCGUGGCGUUGGCAUCCGUCUCGCCUAUACAAAUCCUCAACUACACCUUCGUAGCCAUCGGCUUCGCGGCAUCCACCUUCUUCCUCGUCCGCAACUUGUACCCCGUGCUCUCGGCCACCGAGAAGCAGGUCUCCAAGAUCCUGCUCGUCGUCGUCGUCGCGCUGCACGCGGGCCUCGCCAUCGCGAUCAAGAUCCUCUUCUUCGCUGCCACGAGCCCCGUUGGGCCCAAGGACGGGGGGGACGGCAAGGGGAAGGAGGAGGCCGCGAGGAUGGUCGCUAGGAUGGUCUUCAGGGCUUAAGGCGCCCUUUUCUCUCUUCUUUUCCCCUUUGCCUUUGAUUUUUUAUUUGGUUGGGUAGACGGAAAAGCUCUACGCAAGGGUAGCGUACCGUAUCGCACCGUAGUGAAAAGGCGAUAUCAAAUCUUCAUUCAGCGACGUGCAGUGCAGUGCAGUGGGAAGAAGGAAAUUCAUGUAGACUUCAUAGUUAUAUACCUAAGUACCCAAGUACCAUUAUC